AUGGACAAAAAGGGGAGAAACUUAAUCAAGCUCCAAAGGCUGCGGUUUGGCUUCUUGAGAGGAAGAAGGCUGGAUCCCAAGUUUUACUACCACUUCGACAACGGAGUGUUCCGAGGGCUGGCGUUUGCCAACUUCCAGUCGGCGUCAGAGGCCGACGCGGCAGUCGCAGGGCUCAACGGCUUUGACAUCAGCGGGCGCAAGCUGCGCGUCGAGUACAAGAAGGUCUUGCAGGCCGGCGAGAAGGAGCGGAUCGAGGAGGAGAAGGCGAUCAAGCGGAUGCGCUCGAUACAGCUCCAGAAGGAGUCCUCCCUCUUUGACCAGUACAACUCCUCCGCCCAGCAGCAGCAGCCCGCCUCCCACGACCUGACGAGCAGCGCCCAGCAAGCCUUCGAAAGCUUCUCGCUCUCCUCCGCCGCCGCGCUGGAUCCCAAACAGCAGUCGUCGAAGGAGCUGGACAUGAACGACCCCCAGACGCUCGAGCUCUACUCGCGGGUGGUGGUGUUCAAGGAGGACAAGCUGCGCGACGAGCUCGCGUUCGCCAAGGCGCUCAGCGGGCCCCAGCGCCGCAUCGUCCACCAGAUCGCCAAGAAGCUUGGCCUCGUCCACCGCUCCGAGGGCCAGGGCGACGAGCGCUUCGUGGUGGUCUCCAAGCUGUCUGGCAGGGCCCCGGCGCCCCCGCGGAUGAGCCGGGUGGCCAGCGCGGCCAACAUGGCCCGCGCCGCCUCCGGCCUCCACCUCUCCUCCGCCCUCCCUCAUCAUAAAAUGUAUCCCAACCAACUCGCACCGUCCUUGUCGGGUACACCGCCCAUGUGCCUCAUCUGA